GUCCGGGGAGGAGAGAGAAGAAAGGAAAGAGAAGAGCUUUCCUUGCAUUUGAAAAAGGGAGCAGAACCAAACAAAUAUCAAUAGCAACAAAAAAGUUGUGUGUUUUUUUGUUGCAAGAGAAAUACCCAAAAGGGGAGAAGCCCACAGGGAGGCCUGUCUUGAGGAGCUUGAUCACUGCUCCAACGGACCUCUUCUUCUGUGUUGGCUUUCUCUGUGUCAACAGAUCUGAGCAAUCCACGAGGGAUUGAUGUGAACUCUUAGCUCCGGAUUUAAGGUUUUGCUUCUAUAGGGGCCGUUUUUCACAUUAUAGUUUCAUGUGCCGAAGUUCUGUGUUGUCGUAUUAUUCACGGGGAGAACAGAGGGACUGAAAGUAGCUAGAGGUGCCUGAAAACAUAGAAUCACUAUCUGGGAUUCUCAACCAUUCUGGAUUUGCUUGACAGCUAGAAAGUGGCAUGGCUGUCGCCAAGAGCAACAGCAGUAGUGGAACACCAAAGCAACCAUGCAAUUGCUACAAAGUUGCAAGCUUGAGUGAGACCAUUUUGGAAACAAGCCAGACUGAGAAUUUAAAGGAUCGAUAUGUUCUUGGGGAAGAAUUAGGAUGGGGUCAAUUUGGUGUGAUUAGAGUCUGCACAGAUAAGUUAACUGGGGAAUUGUUGGCGUGCAAAUCAAUUUCUAAAGACAGAUUAGUUACCUCAGAUGAUGCUAGGAGUGUGAAGCUUGAAAUUGAAAUAAUGACUAGGUUAUCAGGACACCCAAAUGUUGUAGACCUUAAAGCAGUUUAUGAGGAUGAAGACUAUGUUCAUUUGGUAAUGGAGCUUUGUGCUGGAGGGGAGCUUUUCCACCGGUUAGAGAAGUAUGGGCGUUUCUCAGAGACUGAAGCUAGGAUUCUCUUCAGACAUCUGAUGCAAGUAGUUUUAUAUUGUCAUGAAAUUGGGGUAGUUCACAGAGAUUUAAAGCCAGAGAAUAUCCUCUUGGCUACCAAAGCCUCGUUGUCACAAAUCAAACUGGCAGACUUUGGCCUUGCAACCUACAUCAAACCUGGUCAAAGUUUGCUUGGGACUGUUGGCAGUCCAUUUUAUAUAGCUCCAGAGGUUUUGGCUGGGGGGUAUAAUCAAGCUGCUGAUGUGUGGAGUGCAGGGGUCAUUCUGUACAUACUCCUUAGUGGUACACCACCAUUUUGGGGUAAGACUAAGUCACGGAUAUUUGAUGCUGUUAGGGCUGCUGCUCUCCGGUUCCCUUCAAAACCUUGGGACCACAUAUCUGAAUCUGCAAGGAAUUUAGUCAGGGGAAUGCUCAAUACAGAUCCUUCUCAGAGGUUCACUGCUCAACAGGUUUUAGAUCAUUCCUGGAUGAAGGAUGAUAAUGGAUCUUAUAAUGAAUUGGGUGGACAUUUAACUGAAAAUCAUGGAAAUUGGAAAUUUGGCUGUGGUUCAUUCUCUUUCUCCAGGGAUCAGGAUAUCAGUUUUGGCAUGAGUUCACCAGUUAUUUCUGGUGUCCAAUCACCGGCAGUGACAUGUAGAACAUCAUUUUCCUCUUUCCUGUUGGAACAAGCUACACCUAGCCAUGCCUCAGGUGGAUUUUGUUUCCAAAGCGUUAAUUCUGAUGCUGCAGAUUUCUCUUCCCCUAUACCCUCCAUGCCAAGUUUUGCAUUUUUCAGUUCAAGUGUGGUAGAACAAGGGAUUUGCUCAUCAGAUUUCUCACCCAAUAUUCCAAGAAUAGGCAUAAUUCAUGGAGAUUCUGAUGUGGGCAAGCUUCCUAUGUUGUCAGAUUCUUCUGCUUGCUGUUGGCCUGAAGCAAGAGCAACAGAGCAAAAGACAGCUGAGGUUAAAGCAAUGGGGGCAAAUGGGUCGAGGAUGUUAGGCUUCCAUAGCAAGAGGAACCACACAAUUGGUGUUGGUGAACGAGAACAACUUCAUUUCAUGGUGUCUGAAUCAGUUAUCCGCUGGGCAUCAUGCACGAAUCUCCCUACUGCCACAUCCCUGAGGUCUUCCCUUGUGUGUUGAGCUGAAAAUGUGGGGUGAGUUUGAUGGUUCUAACUUCUGAUGAAGUAUUAACACAUGCAGAAACUGCCACGUAACAGUUUUAUAGCUAAUGUGUAAUAUUAGUCGCGCAUUGUGCCUAUGUUAUUGAGUGUUAAAUGGGUGGGUGUCAAUGAGUGGUUUUGCCGGGUGUGUUAUAUGUAACCUUUUUCUCAUGCGUUAGGUAGGAAGAGUGACAAAUCGUGGCUGCAGGUUUUUCCUGAGUGUAUUAUGUAUUAUAAAGGAAU